CGGGCUGGGGGCUCGGGUCACGUGACAGCGGUGGUCUCGUUCGCGCCUGUUGAUGACGCCGCGGCGGCGCCCCGAGGCGGGAUUGGCUAAGGCUGGUGCCUGCGUGAUGAGACCUCGCCCUCCCGGGAACGGGGCGGAAGUGUGCAGGACGCCGAGGGGCGGAGGCCGGAGAGCCGAGGGCGCGAUGAGUGGUCUCGGCAGACUCUUCGGGAAGGGGAAGAAGGAGAAGGGGCCAACCCCUGAAGAAGCAAUACAGAAACUAAAGGAGACAGAGAAGAUACUGAUCAAGAAACAGGAGUUUCUGGAGCAGAAGAUUCAACAGGAGCUCCAAACGGCCAAGAAGCAUGGGACCAAGAAUAAGAGAGCUGCCCUGCAGGCCUUGCGGAGGAAGAAAAGAUUGGAACAGCAGCUGGCACAAACUGAUGGGACAUUAUCCACCCUGGAGUUUCAACGUGAGGCCAUCGAGAAUGCCACCACCAAUACAGAAGUUCUUCGUACCAUGGAGCUUGCUGCUCGAGGCAUGAAGAAGGCCUACCAGGACAUGGACAUUGACAAGGUAGAUGAACUGAUGGCUGACAUCACAGAACAACAGGAGGUGGCCCAGCAGAUCUCAGAUGCCAUUUCUCGGCCUGUGGGCUUUGGAGAUGAUGUGGAUGAGGAUGAACUGUUGGAGGAGCUGGAGGAGCUGGAGCAGGAGGAAUUGGCCCAGGAGUUGUUAAACGUGAGCGACAAGGAGGAAGAACCCCCAGUCAAAUUGCCUAGCAUACCCUCUACACAUCUGCCUGCAGGGCCAGAAGCUCCCAAGGCGGAUGAAGAUGAAGAAGCACUAAAGCAGUUGGCUGAGUGGGUAUCCUGAUGAGUCUGGGCUUGUUUGCCUUAUGCUGCCUUUCUUGGCCCCUUUUCCUUAAGUGCCAAGUGCUAAGCUAAAGGAGCAUAGCUUUCUGGGGAGGUCCCGCUGAAGGUGGUGGUGUGACCCCGCCUGAGAAAGGGCUCUGUUGCCCUCCCAGCCCUGGCUCCAACUCUGAAGAUCUCACUGUGGGAGGAGCCCCUGGGCUCCCUUCUCUUCGAUAGCAGUUACAGUGUCCUUGUUCCCAAUAAAAUUGGGCAGAUGGAACCCUAGUAUCUAUA